CCGGAUGUCGUGUGCGAUGCUGUCGGUCCUUGAUAGGCGCGAGUACUUGUGCUUGCUUUUGCACGAGUGUGCUCUGCAGCUGCGCUGUGGCGGUGCUGUGCUGUCUCACCGCCGACCAGGACGGUCGCCACGCCUUUGGGGAGCCUCUCGGACACGGCGUCAGCUCGCCUUCUGGGUCCGCGCUUUCCACCUUGACGGGAUUUUUUGUGUGUGUGUGCUUGCGUGUUCCCUUCUCCCACACAAGAGGAACAUUUUCUCAUCGCACAUCAACCACGCACGCUGCGGAGCCCGUUUGGCGUGCGGUCGGACUGCUGCGUGGACGUCCAUCAUAUCGGGUGACAUUCGCAGGUCCACUCGUGUUUCCAUCGGUCAUCGGAUAGCGACACGUCGGAUCAAGAAUGGGGCUCGUCGUGUAACAGUGCCAGGAAUGCCCCAGACUGUGUGCUCAGGCACCAUGUUCACCACGCCAAGUGGCUUCAGCCCCCAUCUGGCCUGCGCUGAGCCUGAGGAGGAGGAAGAGGCUGCACAGGAGGGCCAGGGCCCAGCGGCUUGCCUGGCUGAUGGGCCCCCCAUCAGCUCUGCCUCACUGGAAACGCUCAUCCAGAAUCUCGUGCCUACUGCUGACUACUAUCCUGAGAAAGCCUAUGUGUUUACGUUCCUGCUGAGCGCCCGUCUGUUCAUCCCUCCUCCGGAGCUGCUGGCUCGUGUGUGCGAGCUGUGCAUCAAGCAGCAACAGCUGGACCAGAGCCCGCUUGAUACGGCAAAAGUGCGCAAGUUUGGUCCCAAGAUCUUGCAGCUGCUCACGGAGUGGACAGAGACAUUUCCGUCGGACUUUAAGGAUGAGAAGAUGGUUGGACUCCUUAAAGACAUCAUCCACAGGAUAGCGCCCUGCGAUGAGGCCUACUGGAAAACCUUAAACCAGGUGCUGCAGAAGCUGAGCCAGAGGCUGGCCUUGAUGAGUCAGGAGGAGGAGAGCGUCGUCAAGGUCUCUCUCAAUGCCUCCCACAUCUCUGACAAGCUCGUGGCCUUCAAGACCAAGCCCCCGCCCAUCCAGAAGGACAUGCUCUCCAUCUGCAAUGACCCUUACACAUUGGCACAGCAGCUCACCCACGUGGAACUGGAACAUUUGAGUCAUAUUGGACCGGAGGAGUUUGUUCAAGCUUUCGUUCAAAAAGACCCUCUAGAUGGAACCCGGCAACAACCAUGCUUCAGUGACCAAAAGAAAACCUCCAACCUGGAGGCAUACGUCAGGUGGUUCAACAGGCUGUGUUACUUGGUCGCGACUGAGAUCUGCAUGCCUGCAAAAAAGAAGCAGAGGGCCCUGGUGAUCGAGUUUUUUAUCGAUGUGGCGAGGGAGUGUUUCAACAUCGGAAACUUCAACUCGCUCAUGGCCAUCAUCUCUGGAAUGAAUAUGAGUCCCGUGUCAAGACUGAAGAAGACCUGGGGCAAGGCCAAGACUGCUAAAUUCUUCAUUUUGGAGCAUCAGAUGGAUCCUACGGGCAACUUUUACAACUACAGGACCGCCUUGAGGGGAGCCGCUCAUCGCUCUCGGACGGCCAACAGCAAUAGAGAAAAGAUCGUGAUCCCCUUUUUCAGCCUCCUGAUUAAAGAUAUUUACUUCCUGAACGAAGGAUGCGCCAAUCGACUUCCCAACGGCCAUGUAAACUUUGAGAAAUUUGUGGAGUUGGCCAGGCAAGUCGGGGAAUUCAUGAUCUGGAAGCAGGUGGAGUGUCCUUUUGAAGAAGACCAGGCCAUUCUACAUUACCUCCACACUUCCCCCAUCUUCAGUGAGGACGGACUCUACCUUGCAUCUUACGAGAGUGAGAGUCCAGAGAACCAAGUCGAAAAAGACAGGUGGAAAGCUCUCAGGUCAAACGUUCUAGGAAAGACAUGAGGCACUGACGGCAGCUGACUCCCCUCUCGCCAUCGAGGGAGCGCAUGUUCUCAUUGCACUACAAAGAACUGUGAAGGAACCAAGCUGGUACUUAGGUGUUUUCUUUAAAGAAAAGAUGGAUUUAACAAAAUGAUGAUGAACAGGAUUCAUCAAGAAUAUGGUGUGAAGAAGGAAAAAAAAGAUGUGAAAUGAAUGAAGCUACUGAACAAAUUGUGACAUAAUACCAUAAUGAAGAUGUUCAUUUUACUCUGUGAAGACAUGGUUACGACCGCGGAGAGUGCAGUUACAGGGAAAACCACUUUAUCACAUCAAAUUCCUAUUGAUGCUGUUGUUGUUUUUUGGUAUUUGUUUCUCUCUCUCUCUUUCUCUUCCUCUUAGGUCCAAAACCUCGAUAGCUAUUUUAUUUGACGUUUUUCUUACAUUGUAAUGAAACUUUCCAUGAUGUGAAGGGUGCUGGCUUGCCCAUUUCACCUGUUGAGUUUUAUACCGUUCGUCCACCGUCAUCAAGGUUUUACUGCGUGUGCCUGGGAAGAUUGGGAAGUAUUUUUAAAUGAGCGUGUGAAGCAUCCGUGUCUACUGAGAUUCUUUUAUGAGAGUGAUUGGAAAUCUUUUCAUUAGAUUUUUUUUUUUUUUUGUUAUUUAUUGUAUUUUAUUUUGCAGGGUUAGGGGAAUAUGUGCUUAUGGAAAAGUGUUUACUCCUCUCAGAUGUUUUGUGCCAUGAAUGCGUGAAAAAACCUACAGUUAACUUAGCCACAUGUGUACAUUCAGCCCUCAUCUUUCUGUUCCUCAGGAAGUUUUUUCUCUUGACUGAUGUUCAGUUGUCUUGUUAUAUUUAUGGAGAUUUCUGUGCUGACAGAUGUAUUGUUUCUAUUGUACUUUUCCUUUGUUGAAUAUGAAGUAAUACGGCAUGUUCCAGUGUGGGUUGUUUCUUUAAGGGGAUUUGAAGCGAUUUCACCUUGUGUUGACUUUAUUACUGUGAUGAUACAUUUUUACAGUAUAUGUUAAUGAAGGACAGUGUUAAUGAAGGAAAAUUGUGCCAUAUGAAUUUACUGGUUGUUCUGAAAAAUUCAGGUCCAUCUUACGUACGGUGUGAUUGUUUGUGCGUUUGUAUUUGGCCUUUUCCCCCCACAUGCUUUUGGAGCUCUUUAUAACGAUGUCUUCAUAGGGAAGUGAGCAGAAGCUGUGUAAUUAGAAGCAUUUCAAAAGCACCCUCUACUUUAUAAUAGCUUGAUGUCAACAUUUCCUCUUUGAAAGACUAAUAAUUCUGCUCCUUAUUCAUAAACUUUCCCUGUAACCUUCCUAGUUCAUGCCACAGAUGUGGCGUCCCAACCUCGGACAGCGGAGUUCGAUUGACAUUUUAUCUUGUGAUCUCGAUGACAAUCGACAACACAACAUCCAUCGUGUUCAAUUUUACAGCAAUGUUUCAAAGAUAUGGGGUUCACCAGUGCUUUCCUUGAUUUAGGUCAAACUGAAACAUUUGAUUCCAGCAUCACUGCGAAAUGUGUUUUCCUUAAAACCUUUAAUAAAGUAAGCCAUGCUCAGUUGUU